AUGGGGCCAAUUGCACCUUUGGAAAUUGCCAAGGUGGGGUUCCCCUACAUGCUGAAGUGGCGUUUGGCUAUUGAGAGAGCAUCAUCCUGUGUCUUCCUCCCAGAACCCUCCUGGGACUUGCAUGAUCCAAAAUCUAUGCAAAAAGGAAUGGACAGGCUUAGGAGGACACUCGGUGAUCCCGUGGAGCCAUAUCCAUGGGGCAGUGGGGCUCGUGUCAGGUUUUAUGAGGUCCCACUCCUGCUGCUACGUGACUCCCCACGGCUGAUGCCACCAGCCGGGCUGCACCCGCUGUGUUUCUCCCCCCUCGCAGUCAGCGUUACCGUCGGGGGCAAGCAGUACCUGCUGGGGCUGUACGACACCGCCGGGCAGGAAGACUAUGAUCGUCUGAGACCUUUAUCUUAUCCUAUGACCGAUGUCUUCCUUAUCUGCUUCUCAGUGGUAAAUCCUGCUUCAUUUCAAAAUGUGAAGGAAGAGUGGGUACCGGAGUUGAAGGAAUAUGCACCUAAUGUUCCCUUUUUACUAGUAGGAACACAGAUUGAUCUUCGUGAUGACCCAAAAACUCUGGCAAGACUGAAUGAUAUGAAAGAGAAGCCCAUAUCCGUGGAGCAAGGACAGAAGUUAGCAAAAGAGAUAGGCGCCUACUGCUAUGUGGAGUGUUCAGCUUUGACACAGAAAGGACUGAAGACCGUUUUUGAUGAAGCUAUUAUAGCCAUUCUAACUCCAAAGAAACACACAGUGAAGAAGAGAAUAGGCUCAAGAUGCAUAAACUGCUGUUUGAUCACGUGAGAUCCAUUUGACAAUGGCCAGGCUUACUGUGAAAUUCUACUGAAUUUAAAUACAAUGCAUUAAGUACAUAGCGAACUUGCUACAGGUUUGAAAGCUAAAACUACGAUUAUGCCUUCUACAACCAGUGACAUCCAGAGGAAUAAAAUCAAUCUCAACGAACUUGUAAUAAGAAGCCACCACAUCUAUUACAAAUAUUUUAUUCAGACUGGAAGGUACAAUCUCUCAGGGUUACAUAGUCUAGAGGAAGCAAAAACUGCACCAUGUUGAAACGGCAUCUAUGCGAUUUUACCGAGUGGAGAUGCUUGGCCUGAAAUACUCUAAAUGAAUUUGGAUAGUCUUCUGCUUUGACUAUAUAUAUAUAUAUAUAUUAUAAAAACAACAACUUUUGCACAGUCUGUAUGGAAUCUGCACAAAGAAAUACCUUGUCUCUCUUUGCUCCAGUUAUCUGCUUUUGUAUGUAAGCUGCUUCCGGUUCCAGUGUAUCCACAGAGGUGCAAUAAUCAGACCAGCCAUAUAGCCAAAGGUAGCUCCGAGGGAACAGGAAAUGGGCCACACCUGAGGGCAGAACACAAGGUAAAAGCAGACAAUGAGGAAAACGUUUGUGGGUUUUUUUGUACUUCGCGAGCACAAAUUCUCAGUGUAAUCUAGGUACUGAAAGAUGGGACAGUCUUACUCUACUUUAAAGCUUGACGUGCUUUCCUAAAAAUGCCAAAAGUGUAACAGUCAUCUUCAUGAACACUAAAUGCUGUUGUACAGUUUUUAAGUAAUAUGCAUUAAAAUGUAACCAGGCUUCUGGCUAUUGCAGACUUCAGUUUGAUAUUCCCAAAACUAUGUGAAAAACUUGAGAAGUAUUUCUAUCCCCUGAAGCGUUCAGCCAACCCAGCUUCCUGUGCUGCUGCACGUGUUUGGAAACCUACAGAUUUCUUGGCAAUUCCUCCUCCUGAUUUCUCACAGCAUUCUGAAAUGUUCAGAGGUGUGUGUGUAUAAACAAACUAAUAUUCAAAUGAGGCCAGAAACUGAGAUGGAUAGAGGGUUUUUCUUUCUUUUGGUUUUGGAAAGUAGGCAAAGGGCUGAAUUUCCCUCUGGCUAGCAGGAGGGAGGGAACAUAAAUUUGGAAACUGACUGAACAUCUUGCACCCAGUUCAGCAAACACGUAGUAAGCCAGUUAUGUUAAAGAGAGCUUUAAUUAUAAGCUCUAUUUCUUAGUACAGGAACAGGGAACUGACUCAAUACAGCUGACUCACGUUCACCAACCAUCUAGUACUGAGGCAAAGAAGUAAUGUGAUUCUCCACCCCACCCCCAGCUUUUUAUUUUUUUUUUUUUAAUUGGCAUUGGUUUGCAGGGAGGAGGGGCCAGAGCAAAACUUAAACAGUCUGUCCUUAGAUGUAGCUUAUAUUACCAGUCAGCUACUGUCAGCUACAGUCAGCAGACUGCAUUUGAUUAAAGUCUCAACUAAGUUGGUGAUUAAGAAUUAUUAUUUACCGUGGAAUAAACUGAAUUCCCAUCCCUCUUCAAAAUUCUAGUUUGCAUACUUCUUUUUUGCAAGGACAAUUUUGCACUUCCUGCUGUACAGUGCAUGUUCCUGAAGUAAGUACACACUGCACUCUCCUUUUUUUUUUAAUUUUUAAAUUAAGGGGGAUAUUUCCACCCUCUAUAGUACUUGAGACUGAGAAAUGCACUAGACAUUAAAGACAUACACAUCUCAGUGUCCAGCCUUCUGUUCCCCUUUAUUUUGACUUGCAAUUCCUGCAUAUCAAAUUAACUUACUCUUAAUGGUACUGGUUCCUCCUUUCAUUCAUUUCCCUAGCUCUGAUUCUUCUCUUUACUUCAUUAUCACUUGGAGAAAUAUAUUUAUUCCUUUGAUCAUGGGAACUUUAACUAGGAGUAAGAGUAAUGUAUUUGUCCUCUGCUGUUUCAUCUUCACAGUCUCCUCAGCUGAUUCAUCUUCACAUUCCUUAGCAUUUGCAGUUUUAUAUAUUAUUUGGAGGUCUUAAGGAGUGUAGCAAAGAUGACUAAACAAGGUGCCUUAGGUACUCUUUAUUGACCUUGUUUCAUUCUUCCAUUUCUGGACAUUCUGUCUCUGCUACUUGUUUUUUGCUGCUGAAUAUUUUGGCUGUUGCCUCUCAAACCAAAGACUUGCUUGUUUUCAUUCAUUCAACAGUGGUAUUGUAGAUCAUCAAUAAAUAGCCUUGAGAUGCUUAGGCAUGGUAAGAUAUUAUGUAUAUUUAAAACUCACAUGAGUUUGUGGCCUUGGCUAAACUUACACUUCAGGUGGAUCUUUCCAACUUUUAAAUGAAAUGCAAUCAAAUUAUUUCUAGUAGCUUCAGGCUAUUGCACAUGUCUAAAGGACAAAACAAUAAGAAAAAAAAGUCUCUGCAACCCUAGCUGCUCACUCAGUAAUGUUCAGUUGGAACAGGAGUUGUACUUUCUUAUCCACAGAUGAAGUCAAAUACCACUCUAAUAUCCACAAAACUCUAGACAGAGGCUUCAUAACUCAGUGGUCUUUUUGCAUCAGUUUCUUUCAGUGAUCAAUGAUCCUUCACUAUAUUUUACCUACAUUAGGUGAAUCUGUAGUUGCCUAUUUGCUUUUCAGAAGUGUAAGGAAAUGUUGGAGUCUCGAAUUUAUCACAUCCCCUUAACUAGAGAGUCAAUAUCCCCAAUGACCCAUUGACCCUGUAUCUUUCAGUGUUUCGUGUAUAGUGGGCAAUUGUUGGUACAAUUAAAAGGAUCUCUGAU